AUGCAUAAUCCCAACGCAUGUGUGAGUCUGGCUACUCAGACAACACUGUCGCCGAGGGGAAAUAUACUUGCCAGGGUGACCAUAGUGUCUGAGAGUGACUCAGUCAUCAUAGAAUUAUUCAGGGACAUCUUGCUUGACGUGCUUGUCUUGCCAAUCGAUGAAGUGAUUGACUAUUUUAGCGCAAACACUGGCUUCCAGCCCUCACACUUUGUUCCAUCGCGGGUAACAGCCAACACAAUUUCUUUCGAGCAAGCUCGCUACCAGGCUCAAUCGAUUUUGCACGGCGCUGCGGAUCCAUCAUCCUACCGAUCAGACCAGGGACCUCGGUUUAUACUUCCCGAUGCAAAUGGGGACGGCUUCCAGAACAUUGUGAGACGAGCCAUGAAUAGGACAAUUCGUGAAGGUUUCGAGAACACCGUUGAGGAUGCCCGCGCAGCAAUGGAUCUGUAUCGAUCAUGCGCAGCCAACUGGGAGGCGCUCAUCGCAUCCUCAAUAUGGCCAUGCCUUCUCGCUCCGGAGCAGUUUAGGCAAUGGUACUUGUGA